GCGGUGGAGAGACCACCGUUAAUAUGACUGAUUCUAAAACCGUUUUGAAUGAUUUAAUACAUGAAUGGAAAGGACUGGGAGGUCGGUGUCAAGAGAUGGGGCUCGCGUUUUACAGAGCCGUGUAUGACAUGCAAACUGAUGGCAAGUUUUAUUUCCUAUGCGCGGGAAGUGAUGGUCAGGACGGGCCCACAGACGCGGCCGGAGUUAUAGUCGAGAAUAUGACUAAAGAUUGCGAUCCAAACCAACAAAUACUAAAACAAUCAGACAUUGACCUAAGAAAUCAUAAUUCGCACCACUUUUUCAAAACUUAUUACAACAAGUGGUUUGUGAAGACUGGAAUUACUGGAACUAAUGUCAUGGAUAUAUAUUGUUUAUACCCAUGUCCUUCUCCU